ACCAAAAUCAAGGCCUACUAAUUUGCCGGCUAUUGUGAUUGAGACUAUCCCAGAAGAGAAGGAAAAUAGUAAGGGUGAUCUUACAAUCAACCUUGAAAGUACGGAGCCACCUUGCUCACUAACCAGAGAGCAGGAGGACCUUGCUUCUUGUGGCGAUUGUAAGCCACUUGAUGAGACUACCAUUGUAUUGGACUCGGAAAAUUUGAAGGAAACCACUGUAAAAGCGCUUCAUGAGCUACUCACGUUGAUUCAUACUGGUUAUCCUUGGGAGUCAUGCAAAGAAUGGCUAACAGCACUUCGCAGCCGCAACCAGAUGCAGAGAGCCUGCCUGACUUCUGGGAAUGUUUGGCCGCUCUCGAAGAGAAGCAGGGAGAUAUGCAGAUGGCUGUCGACUCCUACCAGAGGGCCUUGAUGCGUGGUGCUCAGGUUUCUCACAUAGACGUGUGCCUCGAUAGUCUUUUUGAGAAAAUGAAUGCCCUGAACCUGGAGUGCCAACCUUACACGCCAAGGCAAACCGAUGGCAAGAUGAAGAAUGGAGUGGAUGCUAAAAAUAUCUUCAAGUCUACAGUUAUCCAGUUCGCUCUAAUGCAGCAAAAAGUAAAAACUUUCAGUUCGGAAAGUGGUGUCAAUUUGAAAAACCUUGACUAUAUCGCAACCCCAGUGAGGAGGAGCACUAGGCAAUCACUCUUCACCUCCAAAACGCCUCAGAGAUGCACAUCAUCAUUAAAAAAUCUGAUGAGUGAAGACCAGGAAAAUGUACAGUUCAAACCAAACAAAGCUCUUCUGUUUGAUGACUGACUUUUAAAUCAGGGACUACUGUUGUUUUUCCUCAUUGUAAUUAACUUUAUCAAUAGAUUUUUCAGAUAUUUCAUAAUUUUGUAUAAUGUUAUGUAUUUCACUUCACUUUAAAGACUUUGAAAUGCUCACUGCUCUUGUUAUACUUUUUACUUGGAAAAAUGUAAUGUCCAAUGCUGUUAGAAAUCAAGCAAUUGAUAAUAACUGUUUCUUAUUUAAUACAGGUGAUCUAAAAUAAAGGGAACAUUUUGAAAAUUUCAUUAAACAAAAUUUGGAAGGCCAAACAUAAUUCUAUUUAUAUGAUAAUGGAAACUUCAAAGCUUGCCUGCCAUUCAAGAAAAAUGAAUUACAAUAAUUAUAUUAUUUAGAAUAACUUCCUUCAGAUGGCUUCCUCUAACACAAAUAAUACAAAUAACUCUUGGAAUCUUUGUUGGAGAUUCCUCAUUGAUCGCUUUUUUACACAUUGCUAUUUUUUCGUGGAGCUUAUUUUAAAAUGUUUACAACUCGACCAAUAAUUAUGAUGAAAUCAAAACAGAGAAUUCAGUAUGAAAUCAACAAUAUCCCAGUUGAGAUGUUGCAGCUCAAUGAGGAGGAAUCUCCAACACAUAUUCCACGAAGGAAGGAAGCCACGUAUGUAAAUGAUAUAUGUAUUUUUAUAUCCCCCUUAUUUUGGAUCAGCCGUUUAUGUUGGUAUUUCGCUUGAUCAUCAAUUAACGUAUUGUAUUAUUCAAAGCUUGGUCAUUUUCACAUGUAUAAUCUGUUUUAUUAAUGCACUAAAUACUAAAUAUAUUAAAAUUCUUACUACUUAUUAAUAUAAAUCAUCAUUAUUGAAUUAAUAAUUUUUAUUAUUCUUUUGUUUGUUUGUGAUAAUACUUAGUCA